AUGUCUGUUGGGGUCAAGGUGGAGGCAAAGAAGCAAAGAUACCUAACACAGAGUAUCCACCGGAACUCAUUAGAUGUAAAUAUCAACUUAUUUGGAGUCAAAAUGGAGACGAAGUGGCUUGUGUGUCCAUGUGGAAUGAGCACCACCUUUCAUCGGCAGAAAACUAUAGUGUUAGUUUUGCAAUAUGUUGGCACUCUAAGAGAGCGGUUGGAGCAACUCACUGCAGAAAUAACUUCUGAAGGAUUACUAAGGUACUUCUUCGUCUAA